AUGGCGCACGGUGCAUUCUGCUUUUUUGCACUCUGGUGCGAAACUGGAGUCUACACCGUGCAGUUUUGGUACUUUUUUGGUGUCGCACUGGUGCAGCACGCUAAAAGCACUGAUUUGAUACCUUUGCGCCAAAAAAUCACCGAAAUCGCUCGGGGUAGACCUCAAUUACGCACCAGAGUGCAUAAAAGCAGAAUGCACCGUGCGCCAUCCGUGCCGAGUAGGUAUCUUUUCCCUUUUUUUUAAUCUUUCCUUCAGAAAGUCGGCGAUUCUGAUGAAAAACUAGUUCGAAAAGCUGAAAAACGUCUUGAGCCUUUUCGAACAGUAUUAUGUUUUGGAUAGACUGAAUGAUAAUCGAUAUUUCAACCUUGUUUAAAAAAAUCUGAAAAGAGCUUAAGAUCUUGUAGAGCUCAAAAACUAAGCUUUUUUUUUUACAAUUUCAACUGGUAUUCUCACUCAAGAUCUGAGUUCAAUGUUUUGAAAAGUGAGAAAAAUUGAAUAUGCUCUCGCAAAUAAUUCGGUUCCAAAAUAGGUCAGACCUCCGCAUAUGCAAAUUCACUCGACUAACUUUCAACUGUUCAGAGAGUUUACCAAGGCGAGAGAAACGUCUAUGAAGGGCAACUGGUGCAGAGACGCAGGUUGCAAAAACGCGAAUUUGCCGUUACUCGUCGAUUCGCGGUUCCAGGCGAUGUUCGGUAUAUAUAAAUCGCUAAAUUUUUUUUCUCCUAGUUGUAAAUAACUUAGAUACCUUUAUUUAUUUCAGCGGCGCGAAGUCACUUUUUGUUUUUUCUGCCUGGGUGCGAGAUGAGACUAACUAAAAUAUUGAAGCACUUGUUGCAAGAGGAGCCUCUUUUAUCAAAAGUUUUCAAUAAAGAACCGGUUUCUUUCUUCCCGAUUUCACGGAAUUCAGUUAGGCACUCCAUUUAACUGCGUUUACAGCAUGUGUCUCGUCCUCUUGUACUUAUUCCUCAAAAGUUUCCCAAACGCAGUGUGAUUCUGUUACUUUUUCUUCUUCCUGCUAGCCAAAUUCUUUUAACUUGAUUUCAUUGAUUGGAAUUUUUUUAUAUUAGCUAUCUCAAAAAAACUCGGUAAAUAUGGAGAGAUUCAAAAAGAAUGGUUUUCUUCUUAAUAUUUUAAAAAUAUACUAUUUCAAAAAAAAAGGCAUCAACUUUUCACAAGUCAUUGAAAAGACGAUUCUAGUUUCGGUCCGGAAUCCCUUGUCCAUUUCUGCCAGAUGGUUUCGAGGAGAAAUAGCGGCGUCGCUGCGGAGAGCCGAUAAAAUCUGGACGAAAUCGAUUCUUUUCUUCUUCUUCUUCUUUGGGGGGUUGGUCGUCGUUCAGUCCUCAAUUAGUCAUUCUCUUGCAACAAUAAGCAGGAAGAAUUCCCCUUUAAAUUAAUCUAAUUAGAAUCUUUUAGUGAGGAUGAGCCUAUGCAAUCUUUCCUUUCCACAAAAGUGUUGGGUUGCAAUAAAAAUAUAAUAGUUUCUCCUUUCGUGUUAGGCGACCAACUUCCAAAAACAAAAUUUUAGCCUUGCUGAACUGAGGAAUUCUCAAAUUCAAGAAAUAACCGGUUUUUUUUUUUCGAAAAACGUCAAUCAGAAAGCAGUUAUGUCGUUUGCGUAUAACAGUUUCUUAAACUAACUUUGAUUUUUUUAAAAAAAGUUGUUAAGGGGAUCUCAAUGACGGGACUGUGAAACAUGAUCUGAAAAUUUUCCUGUUUAAUUGAAAAAGUCCGUAGAAAGUCCUCUAUUUAAAAUAGGCCAACUAAUAAUUAUCAAUAUUUUUGUUUCAUUUAUUUUUUUCGAGAUCAAUUCACCUUUAUUUCCAUUCGAGGCUCAAUAACAAACUUGAACUAAACUUAAAAAUUCCAACUUGUGAAACAGGAAACUUGGUUGUAUCUCCAAGAACUUUUUGUAACGCUCUUCGUUACAAAAUAAAAAUUUCUUCUACUAUUUUGAAUCAAAAACGAAAUUUAAAAAAAAUUAACAUGGAAAUAAAAAAUUCAAUUUACUUUUUAUGAAAAAAAACCUUAUCUAUGUUUUAAUAAUGCUUUUUUUCCGCAAAUUGGUAGACGAGAAAAGCCAAAAGUUGAGAUUGGAAAUUUCAUUCUAGUGAAGCGGCUAUAGGAGUUGUCGACAGGAACAGCAGUUAUCACCAGCGGACGCAUUACUCAGUGCCAGAGAGCAGGCGGAACCGGAGGGCGCAGACGCUUUUUGUGGAGGCGGAGAACUUUUCUCCGUCGCCGGUGCCGCCGACCGCGUCCUUCGCCUGUUCACACUGCACUUGUUAUUCCGAUAACUCCGUGUCAAAUUUAUCUCAUCAGAUCAUCAAUCUUCUCAACUCUUUUCGAAGUAUUUUAUCUGCGUAACAAUUUUUAUUUUUAUUAUCAAAAAAUCAAGUAGUUUUUAGUGCAAUUCUGGGCAAUAGCCAAUUGUUGUAGUUAUGUUUUACUGAAUUGUUUUCCCAUUGCGGUUUCUAUUAUGUCAAACUUCAUUCCGUUAAUAAUUGGUUUCGGAAAAAUAUUGAUGACUGAAAUUUUUUGGCGAUGCUAUUGAGAAAAAUUCAAAAAAUUUCAACCUGUUUAAUAUAUUAUGUUUAUGCAAAAAAUUUUUUAACUCUUCAGUUAUUUUUUUUUUUGCUUUCCAUAUUUUGAUUGGAUUAGAAUCUUUGAAAAUUUUCCCGGCCUAAUUCACUCUGGAAAAUCGCUUAUGAAUUCGGAAUUUAAACGGAAAAAAAAAAUUAAAAUAUGCAAAAGUUGUGUCCAACCUAUCCCACGUAUGCCUUUCCAGGAUGAACUCCCGGAUGUCGAAGUUGCGGAGGUCGCUCAGUCGCAGCGUCUAUCAACUCAACAACACGCUGAGCCGACAGAGCAGUCUGAACGGCCUCAUCGAGCUGCCCACCAUCAGCCACACGACUCUCGUCGACAAAUUCGCCGUCAGUUUUUUUUUUUCCGAUGUUUUCUCUCAUUUUUCCGUUAUAUUUUAAGCUGUAGAAUUUUUUCAUUGAACUGAAAGGGGCUUUUCUUUAUUUGUUUUUUUUUUUUCAUUCUGUUCUUUCUUCCUCAUGAUAUUUUGCUUCUGCUUUUUCAAUUUUUUUCUCAAUGUAUUUUUAAAUAUUACUUGUGAAAAACAUGUACACGAAAGACACGUGAUGAAGAAUUCAAACGCAGCUGUGCAGAUUUUAUUCUUAGGCUCUAUUUCAUUUCGUAUGUGAAACGUGCGUCAUAGCUUUCUCUCAAGUUUUGGGGGGAAAAAAUUUAGAGGCCUGAAAAAAAUAAACCUACUCUUUAAAAAAAAAGAAAAAUAGUUAUGUAAUUGUUUCGAGAUUUUUGUUGGAUUUGGGCAAAGUGGAAAAGGCGCGAAGCGCUGCCGAGGGCUUCAGUGACACCGUUGUUUGUUCUUGUCGCACCGAUAAAUCACCUGUCGGUGGUUUUCCCAUCCGUUUGAUUGUUGACAGGUCGCCGGUCCGAUUCGGCCUUUCCAUUUCUCAUUCUACUUUCAAACGUCCUAGCGAAGACGCACAGUCGAAAAAAAGCUUUUGUUUAAAUUUAAAAAAAUACAUCAAUUUAUUUCGUAAAAAAAUAAGCAAAAAAAUAAAUGACAAUCUUCGAAAAAAAUGAUCUUUGAUCAAUGUGCAAAAAAGUGUCAGAAAAAUAUCUCUGAAAUUUUCCCCUUCUUCUUUGGAUCACUCAGUUUUUUCUCUAAUAAAUCCAGUAGGCCCAAAAACCGCGAGAACAAGAGAAGGUCCGACGGCAAAUGGAACAACGGAAGAAGCGUCGCCACACGCGCUCUAGCGAACCCGUGCGGACCGGAAACGACCUAAACAAAUACGGCCGUCAAAUCUCACCGCCAUACUUCUUACGUAUGGUAUCGUUACGUGGAACUCGGAAGCUGAGUCUGAGGCGCCAACAACUCAAUUUUUUGUGACGAAGUGUAGUAUAUUAUCAUGACCUUCCCUGAAAGCUCCUAUUCAAUCACGAAAUUUUAAAUUUACUUAUUAUCCAAUUUUAAAAAGAAUUGAAUGAGUAUGGCGGGAGCAAAUUAAAAGAUAUAUUGAAACAUGCAAUUAAGCGGUAAGACACAAUUUGGCGGCCAAUCUUGGAUUAAAUCGAAAUACAGAGAAAUGUUCGAUGAAAAAAAAAAAAGACAUAUUGGAUUUUAUUCAUCAUUCACUCUGCCCUCGAAAAACUUUUUGGAACGAAAUUUUUGUCAAUCUCACAGCUGCUGCAUAAUCAGCUAGAUUUCUCUUUACUUAUCGUAUCAAGCAAAACAAAUUUCACGUUGAAAUCCUGUCAAACAUUAAAGUUGUCAAACAAAACUCUUGUGGAAUCUUUGAGAGUCAAGAGUUCAAAUAUUUUAGCGUGGAUAUUUGUUUUAUUGAAAGUGCUAGAAAACGAAUAUAAUGAAUCAAGGCGUUUUUAGACCCCUGGAAACUUUCGCCAACUUCGAGAUGUUGUACGGUCAAACAACGAGCUCCUUGCCGAAAUAGUCAACGCUUUUGAAGAAAAGUAAGUUGAUCUUUUUCAGCCGAUGAUUAAUACUACUUUCAUGAUAAGAGAUUUUGGAAAGUAUUUUCCAGAGCGGCUCUUGACUUUCACUAUUCGAAGACAUUGAAGAAAAUUUCGGCCAAAUUACACAAAGUAACGCAGCAGACUGAGUGGUGAGCAUUUUGCAAGGACAGUUAGUAGAGCUGGAGAAAAAGCAAAAGAUCUGAAUUUGACUGUCAACCGUUUCAAGAAGUUUGUUUACUCUCUUCAUACGGUUUUAUUAUAAGGAUUAUUUUCUCCGAGCGAUUAUUUUUAUUGGAAUGAAAGUACUUUUAUGGAGAGAUCCUAAUCCCAGGUGAUCUGAAAAGUUGCAGCGACAUCGACAGAGGAUGGACCUCCGUCGCAGAACAAUUCGACGUCCACGCCACUCUUCACAGGUCUCCCUCAAUCACAUUAAGAAAGAAUCUUUAGAAACCUAAUAUUUGUAUAGUGAAACAGUUUUUGUCUAAGACGCGUCAGUUACAGUAAUCUCGGGUCAGCCCUCACUGAUGACGUCGUUCAGCCGUUGCGUGCCAUACAGACGACCCAGUUAAAGGCUCUGAGGGCGGUAGGCUAAUUUUUUGCUAAAAGUUUUUGGAUUAUGAAUGUGUCAGGCUGACUCUCUUGUCGACAGGGAGACGCGCAGAUUAAAGGAAAAGAAGGAAGAAACGUUGAAACUGAAGAGAAAUGCGUAUUUGGUGGGGAAAGAACUGGAGAAGGUGGAGCAAGCAGCCGAUUUGGAUAAGACUAAUCCUUCCAAGGUAAGAACAGACGUGAGAACAUGUUAUAGUUAUAUCAAAUAAAAAUAUUUUUUUAAAAAUAUUAUUAAAAUAUUUAUUAAAAAUACAAAGUAAAUUAUAGUUUGCCAUGCGCAAAAAAAGCUGCAAGAUCAAAUCGUCCGGAGUGAAGACGACUAUCUUUGGCAAACAAUCGACUUGGAGAAACAGAGAAGGUUUUUAAUAAGCUUCAGUUGAUCAUCACACUACUCGAAAAUGCCGGAAAAAGAGACUACUUUCAGAACACAAUUGUUAUCCUCCUUUUCAUUUCUGCACAAUAUGAAUAUUCAAAAAAAGCUAUCAAUAAAUUCCUAAAAGUUGUGAAUUCUGUGAUUCUCGAGCUUAUUGCGCUGUUUCUAAAGUUUCACCAAACUUGUGAUUUUUCACAAUUCAGAGUGACGGAAAAUGUUCUUCGAAAAGGCGUUGAAAGCCUGGAAGCAGUAGAAGGACAACGGCUGGCACACUGUCAAACGGCUCUUGGACGGUACCAACGGAAAAUCGAGCAUCUGGGACCCAACCUGCAGCAGGUCGGUCACCGUUUCCGCCGAAAUCGGUCCCAACAGGCUCUCAGAUGUUCGAGCGACACAACAACAACCUCGACGUCGCCGUUGACUCUGACGUCGGCGCCUUCAUUUCUUCGCUCCUCCCCUCCACGUCUGCCGUAAACCACGUCACGCUUGUCGACUUUUACGUGAGAUUUGGUUUUGUUGCAAGAAAGUAUUUUCAAAUUAAAAUGUUUGGGAGGGAAUAG